AUGCCAUCAAGGAGAAACACCUUUGUCUCAGCCACCGUGCCACCCUACCCCCGAACCAAAAAAGACACGAGGCCCGGCAAGCCCCCCAAAACGGUGGGCCGGGGCACUCAUCCCGCCCCCGGGUCACCGGCCAACUCCCAACUCGUUCCCCCCGCUCCCCUGGGGCCUUGUGGCAAUCAACAGGAAUCCUCCCCCGGCCGUGCCUUCCUCAACACCAUCUCUACCGUAAGGCUACCGUUUCCCGCCCGCGCCCGCUUCGCCCGCCGCUUCAUCCUUUUGCGGUGCCGAAACCAAAAGAAAAAAACCCCAACGCCAUCAAUGAUCAAACCACCCUUCGCACCCACCCCUCCUCCCUUCCUUUUUUUUCUUCUCCAUCUUUCCCGUCUUUAUGCGACCCAAUCACUGCCCAACAACCCGCCUCAGAGUUUGUGUACUUUCUUCCUCACCAUGGAUUUCCCAAACGUAGCCCGAAUCAGCUCUAGCCCGCCACAUUCACCGGAAUACUCUCAAACCAGAAUGCUCCCAAAUACUUAUAGGCCACCCUCUAGCGCAGAGUCAAGACUGUGGACUGUGGGGAGUGUGGAAACGAACGUGUCCGCUGCUCUCCCCCAGGACAUGGAUCACAAGAGCUACUGUGGAGGUAACAUUCCUCUCUUCCGCUUGCUACCUAACCAUACCUGUCAGGGCUGCAUAAUGACCACCGCCGUGCUGGGUAUUUCGCCGCCCCUGAUGCUUCGCUGUCACCUGUACGGUGUUGCGGUGUGUUCGGCUUUCGUCUUGCCUGACUUUCUUCCCCUGUUCUGGGCUGAUGACCACGCCGUCUUUGCUGAUGCGGCCUAG